CCGAUACCCACGGACCUCAAUCCGCAUGACAUUGAGCUCCCCAUUGGAUCCAAAUCAUAGAGUCCAUCAUCAUGCAAACCUCAAUUUCGAUGAAAAAACAACAGAAAUGCCGUUAUUAGGGUUAUACGCCAUGAAUGGUGGAGAAGGCCCUAAUAGCUAUGCUCAAAACUCAUCCUAUCAGGUCUGUAUAUCUCUCUCUCUAUCUAUAUAUAUACAAAAAUCAGAACCUAAUAAUCAAGAACUUACUCUCUUUUUCCUUGCAGAGAGGAGUUGUGGAUGCUGCAAAACCAAUAAUUGAAGAAGAGAUUGCAACAAAACUAGACGUCGGUCAUGUUUUUUCAACCCACGUGAAGCCCUUUCGAAUCGCAGAUUUCGGCUGCUCAACAGGACACAACUCCUUCCCAGCCAUGCAAAUCAUCACGGAAUCGGUCCAAAAGAAGUUUCGAUCCGAAACUUCACAAAUCCCAGACUUUCAAGUGCUCUUCAACGAUCAAGUUUUUAACGAUUUCAACACACUGUUCCGGUCAAUCCCACCACAAAAAAACUACCACGCCGCUGCAGUGGCGGGCUCGUUCCACGAGCGGCUCCUCCCUAAAGCCUCCCUUGAUUUCGCCUACUGCUCUUGCGCACUCAACUGGAUCUCCGAAGUGCCUAAGGCAGUGAGGGAUGAUACUUCUCCAGCAUGGAAUAAAGGGAGAGUUCACUAUACAGGAGCUGUACAGGAAGUUUUCGAAGCCUAUUCGAAUCGCUAUGCUAAUGAUAUUGGCUCGUUUUUGGAAGCUAGGGCGGAGGAACUUGUCAGUGGAGGGCUAAUGACUCUACUUGUUCCUGCAGCCCCUUGUUUUGAGCAUUCUGAGACAUUCUACACUACCCAAUCGGAGUUGGAGCUUAUAGGCUCUUGUCUCGUGGACAUGGCUAAGAAGGGACUAAUUGGAGAAGAAAAGGUAGACACAUUCAACUUUCCGUUGUAUUUUACCAUCCCACAAGAGUUGAAGGCCAUAAUCGAGAGGAGUAACAGUUUCAGUAUUGAAAGAAUGGAAAUAUUAAAUAAUCCAGGAAAGUGCACCUUGCGCAGCGCAGAUGCACGUGCCACGUACCUCAGAGCAACCUGCGAGGGAUUGCUGAAAAAUCACUUUGGAAGUGAAGUCAUGGAUGAAUUGUUCGAUAGGUACACAAAGAAAAUUGCAGCUUCGCCACUUUUCUUGGACCCCGACAAUGAGAAGUCAAUAAUAAUACUCGUCAUUCUCAAGCGCAAAGCUGAAUGAUGUAGUAACAAUAGCAUCUACUUUCGAUUAUACAACCAAAUAAGUAGCAAUAAAUGCUAUUAUGUAAUGUUACCAAGUUGUACCACGUUACUCACCUGUUGUUUGCUGAAGUUUUUCAGAAGAAUAAAGUUAUGACACUAUUUUGUAUUCA